CAGCCGCCCGGUAGCUCUCACGGAGAGAGCCGUACCUCGCCGACGACGCCGUGGCAGCACGCAAGGCGCCGAAGUCAUCACACGCCCAUGUGCCGCGCGCUGUACCCCGGCGUUGACUGCGGGCACGUUCCCAAUUCCAAGCUCCACGGGGACGGGACGGGACGGUCCGGUCAUACCGCGGGCCGCGGGCUCCAUAUCGCAUCUUCGCAUCUCCUUCCUCCCUCCCCCAUCCAUCCCCACACCGCAGGGGCCACGCCGCUGCCAACCUACGACCCAGACUCGCCACCCAUCCCGCAACGUCGGAGGAGACAAAUCACCAGACAAGACUCUCGCCGAUUCCUAAACCGGCGCCAGGAUUUCGUUCCCAUCCCUCCUCGCCCAUUUCCGUCCCCGCCCGGCCGAUCCAGCCCACCCCCCCCCCCCCCGCCGGAUCACGCGGUUCUUGCGACGCUGCAGAUCCAAGAAACGCACUCCUCCCUCCCUCCCUCCGGUUUGCUCCCUCCUCUCCUCUUCUUCCUCUCGCCAAGCUCCCGUUCUCGUGUUGCGUGGCCUCGUGGCGUGAUCCGUACGUGCGUGCCUCCGUUUCUUGUUUUGGAUCUCUCAGGACAAGGCCGCCCGAGGAAAUCGGCCAGGCGGGCAGGCACUCGGGCGCCAGGCGCGAGGCGAGGGCCGAGCUUGAUGCUCCCAGCUUGCUGAGGAUCAAUGCUAUCCAAGCCACCCUCUGAUCCGGCCGGCAAGCUCUCGAUCGAAAUGAUGGAGGACGAACAAUCAGCCACAUAUACUGUGGAUGACGCCCUUAUAUCUUCAGGUUUUGGGAAGUACCAAAUAUUGAUUCUCUCCUAUGCUGGGAUAGGCUUAAUCGCAGAAGCAAUGGAGAUGAUGCUGCUAUCAUUUGUUGGUCCAUCCGUUCAGUUAGAAUGGAAUCUUACUGCUCACCAGGAAAGCAUGAUUACAAGUGUUGUUUUUGUUGGAAUGCUAAUAGGAGCUUACUCUUGGGGUGUGGUCUCAGAUAACUAUGGAAGGAGGAAAGGGUUUCUCUUUACUGCCAUUAUGACGAGUGGAGCUGGAUUCCUGAGUGCCUUUUCUCCAAACUAUGUAGCUUUAAUGGCUCUACGGUUUUUAGUUGGUAUUGGCUUGGGAGGAGGACCUGUUCUUGGAUCUUGGUUCUUGGAAUUUGUUCCUGCUCCAAGUAGAGGAACUUGGAUGGUGGUACUCUCAGCAUUUUGGACUGUCGGUACCAUCUUCGAGGCUUCGCUUGCAUGGGUAGUUAUGCCCAAGUAUGGCUGGAGGUGGUUGCUAGCAUUAUCAUCUGUGCCGUCUCUCCUCCUGCUUUUGUUUUAUGCUAUCACACCCGAGUCGCCAAGGUUCCUCUGCAUGAAAGGCAGAACAAUGGAGGCUGUGGAUGUACUGGAGAAAAUGGCAAGGUUAAACAGUGCACAACUCCCUUCGGGUAAGCUUGUUUCUGACAAGAACAUUGAGCUAGAUGAAGUUUCCGAGUCUGCAACGCUUCUGUCUGCUACUGCUAAAGCUGCUAAAGAAGAAGAAAACGACAACAUCAAGGAAGACGAAGGUUCCGAUUUUGGAGGUUUCAAGUCUGUUUCUAAGCUGUUGUCACCAAAAUUGCUCAGAGCAACUCUGCUUCUGUGGAUGGCUUUCUUCGGGAAUGCAUUUUCGUAUUAUGGUAUUGUUCUGUUGACAUCGGAGUUAAGUAACGGAAAUAGGAUAUGUGCAAAACAGGAGGUUGAAUCUGUACACUCGAACAACUCAAGCCUGUACAAAAACGUGUUUAUUUCUAGCUUUGCAGAGAUUCCAGGGUCAUUCGUGUCGAUCAUGAUCGUGGAUAGAAUUGGGCGAAGGCUUUCAAUGGCUUCGAUGCUCUUCACUAGCUGUGUCUUUUUAUUCCCGCUAGUGUUUUCCCGCACAGAAAUACUGACAAGAAUCUCAUUAUUCGGUGCCCGGCUCUGCAUUUCUGCGAGCUUCACAAUCGUAUACAUAUACGCUCCCGAGAUCUACCCAACCUCGGUGAGGACGACAGGCAUCGGAGUCGCCAGCUCGGUCGGCAGGAUCGGCGGCAUUCUGUGCCCCCUCGUCGCCGUUGCUCUGGUGCACAACUGCCAUCAGACGACCGCGAUCCUCCUCUUCGAGCUCGUGGUUUUCCUCUCGGGGGUGGCUGUCAUGUUCUUCCCUUUCGAGACAAAAGGCUGCAGGCUCAACGACACCGAGGCCGAUAUGCAUUGAUGCGGCGGGUUAUAUCAUAGCACCAUUUUUUUGUGUCCUGAGAGCAGUGGCGGCAUAUUAUCGAACUUUUUUUUCCAACAUGAUACCGAUAUUGAUUAUAGUGAUCUUAGAUACCGGGGAAUCCUUUCCCCUAGGAAUGAUCCCCCAUCCACUUGGCGGCGGCGGUGCAAGGGGAUUGCAGAGUAUAAGAAUAGUUGGGUCAGACUGUGCUCGGUUCUGUUUUGUAACCUAUACUUUGGACUUUGGAAUGAUAAUCGUUGGAAUAAGGAGAUACACCAGUUGGGCAGAAA